CCGCCCUGCGCGAGCCGGUUCCCCCACCUCCGUCGCCGCCUGAGGGGCCGCGGGCAGCCCGGGGCCGGGAGCCGCUGGGGCAGCGCGGGGUGGGGGUGCGCCGUGUCCGGGCACCCCUUCCCGCUGGGGCCGGCCGUGCCUGCCCGGGAGCAGCGGCCUGCGGGGGAAACUUCCCUUUUUUUAAAGGUGAUAUUGAUCAUGGACAAUGAAGAAAUCCCGACUUUUUCGAGUUCAAAGGAGGAAACUGCGUAUUGGAAAGAGCUUUCCUUGAAGUACAAACAAAGCUUCCAGGAAGCUCGUGAAGAGCUGGCUGAAUUUCAGGAGGGAAGCAGAGAAUUAGAAGCUGAGUUGGAGGCACAGCUAGUGCAAGCUGAGCAGAGGAAUAAAGAUUUGCAAGCAGAUAACCAAAGACUGAAGUAUGAAGUGGAAACAUUAAAGGAGAAACUGGAGCACCAGUAUGCACAAAGUUACAAGCAAGUGUCGUUGUUAGAGGAUGACCUGAGCCAGACAAGGGCCAUUAAAGAUCAGCUGCAUAAGUAUGUGAGGGAGCUGGAGCAGGCCAACGAUGACUUGGAACGUGCAAAGAGGGCAACAAUAGUUUCAUUGGAAGACUUUGAACAAAGGCUGAACCAAGCUAUUGAGAGAAAUGCGUUUUUAGAAAGUGAGCUGGAUGACAAGGAAUCACUGCUAGUUUCUGUACAGAGAUUAAAGGAUGAAGCGAGAGACUUACGGCAAGAGCUAGCAGUACGGGAAAGGCAACAAGAAGUCACCCGAAAGUCAGCGCCCAGUUCUCCGACUCUAGACUGUGAAAAGAUGGAUUCGGCUGUCCAGGCGUCUCUCUCCUUGCCAGCUACGCCCGUCGGAAAAGGAUCAGAAAAUAGUUUUCCUUCCCCAAAAGCUAUACCAAAUGGAUUUGGUACCAGCCCCCUUACUCCUUCAGCUAGAAUAUCUGCACUCAACAUUGUGGGAGAUCUGUUACGGAAAGUGGGGGCCUUAGAAUCCAAAUUAGCUGCUUGUAGAAAUUUUGCAAAGGACCAGGCAUCACGGAAAUCGUACAUUUCAGGGAACGUUAACAGCAGCAUGAUGAACAGCAAUGGCACAAAGUACCCUCACCCGGGGCAUACUUCUUUCUUUGACAAAGGGCGUGAAAAGGUCAUAUUCCCCACCUUGGUCAUGGGGCAGUAAACGGCUUUGAUCAAGGUCCCCCUGGACUGGGAGCCUCUCGACCCUCUUCCGCACCUGGCAUGCUCCCCUUGAGCGUAUGAGCCCAUGGGAGGUCGUGUUCGGACUUGCAGAUGCUUUUCUCAGCCUACUACACGAACUGCUCCCGAUUCCUCCCUGUUUCCGCCCUGCUGGAACACGACCCGCACCGUGCUGUUAGAGGAGACCCUGUGCUCAUGGCCCUUCACGUCAUGUUAAUACAGUUUAUUUUCUCAUGUUGCUAUAGCAGACAUUCUCUGUGUCAGCUCCAUCUGCUGUGCAAGCUGAGACAGGCCCUGCUCUGUUGCAGGGGAGGCCCAAACCUCAGCCAGGCAGCCCUUGGCCCCUCGCUUUAUCUCUAACUUAGUUGUGGCAUGAAACAAUUAAGACUCCCCUUCUCCCUGCCUGCUCCAGCAUCCUGCACUUAGGACAGGUAGCUGCUGUCCUCGCCGGGGGGGGGCUCAGACCUCCUGGCAGAGGCACUUAGGACAUCUGUGCCUGCACACCAGCUCCAGGUGUGUCACUCGGUUACUGCAGAUCAAUGAAUGACAUGGGGCGGGUGCGUGUCUUCCUCCUGCCUCGUGCUGGGGGCCGGGGGGGGGGGGGGGGGGGGGGGGGGGGGGGGCCGCAGGAGUGAUGGUCAUACACAUCAGUCACAUCAUCACCUGCAUUAGUGUGAGCUGGCAGGGCUGAGCACUGCCCCAACGUUCUCCCUUGCACUCCUACACCUGUACAGCCGUGGGGCAGUGACACAUUUAGCUGCGGUAGCAUGCUCACGGUGCCCAUGUGCCUGUAGCACAGCUUCCCAGCCCGACUGUACCUGUUCUUCAUCAGACUUCCCCACCUCUCCACAACAGGGUUCUGCGGAAGCAUUAGGAAGCUGCUAAUCCAACUGGCAGCUCUGGCCUGUGAGCGCCCCUCCCAGGACCCUGUAACCAUUGCACCCUGCUCGCAUCUGUGUAAUAUAUGACUGGAUUUCACAGCAUCACCUACGGGCUUCUGUGACAGUUUGGGCAACUGCGUACCUUGUGGGGCUUUCAAGCAAUGUAUUUGUGCGAUUUCUAUGUGCCUCAGAGUCGGUGGAUUUUUAAAACGAACCAGCAAAUCCAGCCGGGGUUUGAGCUGUGGGUUUAGAACUCGUCAUUCCUGGUCUGGUCCAUCACAUUCAGUUGGCCCUGCAGCUCCCAGUUGGUUUAUUUACAAGCGCUGAGACAAACCAUUGGCCCCAGCAAGAAGGGAGGUGGGCAGCACCCCCUUGCCGUUAGGGUUUGUAUGGUCUUUCUUUCCUGUGCAUCCUCUGCUGCAUUUGACUGUUUACAUUUGUUUUAUUGUACAUAGGUUUGUAAACAUAAUAUCUUUGCCUAAGAUCUUUGUACAUAA